AUGCGUUCUUGCGGAAGUCUUUUAUUUACAAUUUCUAAUGAUUAUUUUUGUUUGUGUGAUCCAAACAAUCGUGCAGAAUGUUUCCGUUUUGACAAAAUGGCUGAUCAGUGUGACCAUUGUCUCUACGGUGGACGAUGUUUACAGGGUGAUUUACAAGAUCGAACAAAUUAUUUCUGUCAUUGUCCUCAGUGCUUUUAUGGCUCAAUUUGUCAGCAUAAUACACGAUUGUUAUCGUUUACAUUAGAAUCUCUAUUGACCGGCGAUCUAUUCUCAUCAUCUGCACGAAUAGAACAAUUAUCAUUCGUCGUUUAUCUACUAAUACCCAUUAUUUUGUUUUUAAUUGGUUUCAUCAAUAAUCUAUUAUGUAUCGUGACAUUUAUUCGACCAAAGCCGCGUCAAGUUGGAGCAGGCUAUUAUUUAUUAGUAAAUAGUAUAACGAGUCAGUUGUCGUUGUUUCUACUCGUUCUCAAAAUCGCUCAUGUUUUACUCAGCACCAAGGGUCUCAUUAUGGAUGAUAUAGCGAAUAUCGUCAUAUGUAAGUCGAUUACAUUUCUACUGUCGUGUUCUACACGAACAAAUUACUGGCUAACUGGAUUGACUACGCUUGAGCGUGUUUACGUCACCAAAUAUCCGACUGGUCUAUGGUUGAAAAAUCCAAAAAUCGCUAAACGAUUGAUUAUAAUCAUAUUCAUCGGUACAUUCGGUUCCCAUGUACACGAAGUUUUAUAUCAUACUGUUGUACCCGAUCCAAAAUAUAGUCAAUACGGUGAGAGAGAAUAA